UAAAUUUAUUUUUAUUAUUGGAAUCUGGAUAUUUUCUUUUUCCAUAAAUAUUGUAGUAAAAUUGUGCAAAUUUAAUUGUGAAUUGUCAUAAAAUUAACACAGUAUAGUAUAAAGAUAGUGUUUUAAUUUUGUUCAACAAUGGGUAAAGGAUUCAAUAAUUACAUGUGCAAGAAAUUCUUCCAUCCUGCCUCGAGAGAUAAUCUCAAAAGGGUAUGGAUGGCAGAACAAACAGCGGAAGCCUACAAAAAGAAACAAGAAGAACUGCGACAACAAUACGAGAAAGAGCAAGAUUUGCACGACAACAAAGCCAUGCUGAGUAAAGAAAGCAAAGACAAACUUUCCGUUAAUUUUAUGUACGAACCACCACCAGGUGCACGUAAAGAAAGAGAAAAAGAAGACAACGAACCCGAGUACAAAUUCGAAUGGCAACGAAAAUACAACGCCCCCAGAGAAAGCUACUGCAAAGGCGACCAAGAAAUCCGCGAUCAACCUUUCGGCAUACAAGUCCGAAACGUACGAUGCAUCAAAUGUCACAAGUGGGGUCACAUCAAUACGGACAAAGAGUGUCCUAUGUAUAGUCUAUCAAUGAGCGCUGCCAGAUCUUUGGAAAGUACUUCGGUAAUGGACGAAAACUCUUUGGUAGCUCAAAUGCUCGAAGAUGGACUUGCUUUAAAGAAACAACACGUCAACACUGUUGAAGCCAACAAACACUUGCUAGUAAGUGAAGAUGAAGAUGAAAACGAAGAAAGCAAGUUUUUGAAGUCGUUGACAAAGAAGCAAAAGAAAGCUUUGCUGAAGAAAUUGGAAAAAUUGGAAAGAAAAGUUGAGAAGGAGAAAAAAAAGAAACAUGAUAGCAGUGAAGAGGAUGAAAGUGAUAAUGAGAGGCGUAAGAAAUAUAAGUCUCGUAAAGGUGCAGUAAAGUUUGAACCUCGAAAUAAUAGAGACGGAAGAAGCGAUGACAGACGUAAAUUUAGACGGUCAACAAGUAGAGACAUGGCAAACAGAAAAAGAAGGUCUGCUAGUACCAGUACAGACAGAUAUCAAUCAAAAAGAAAUAGGCAUUAAGUAAUUAUUAUUGUCUUUAUGUAGUUAAGGUAUAUCUUAAACAUUAUCACAAACACGAAUUAAAUCAACCUUAA